AUCUUACGCUCUUCCUAGGUCGAGUCUUCCACAUGCCCUAUUCAACGUUCAAUGCAGUGGAACGGAGGCGAGAUUGGAAGACUGUUCCUACGAUACACAAGAUAUGAGCCUCAUGUGUCCUGGUGCAGAUGAUGUUGGCAUUACUUGUUCCACUUCCACAACAACAGUUGGAAGUCAAGGACAUUCAACUGUUUGGGUGGGACCAGGAGGUAGGGUGUUCGCUCAAACCAUAAACGGAACAGGGACGGUGUGCAGUGACCAAUGGGAUGAUAAGGACGCCGACGUUGUUUGUCGACAGAUGGGAUAUCCUUCUGGAACUGCCAGUUUUCUUCCACGUGACUACAUGAACAAUCACCUCAUCUUUAACGUUCGAUGUCAGGGUUACGAAACCGACGUUCAACAAUGUCCUGUAGACGAGUGGGAUAUGUCAGGAAACUGUGCUUAUCAUGGUGAUGCAGGCGUCAAUUGCAUGAAUACUUCCCAAGGUAUUCAACCCAUUGUAUCUAUCGAACCCAGUGGAAGAGUAUUAGUUCACAGUAACACGACUGGCACAGUAUGCGGUAACAUGUGGGAUGACGUCGAUGCUAAUGUCGUCUGCCGUCAGAUGGGAUUUUCCUCCGGAACUGCAAUCCACUUGCCACGUGAUUACACGUACAACCGCCUGUUAUAUAGUGUCAACUGUUUCGGACACGAGUCCCAACUUCAAUCUUGUCAGGGCGAAGACUAUGAUAUGUCAGGAAUGUGUGGAUAUGCUGAUGAUGCAGGUGUUUCCUGCAGUAACAUGACCAAUGUUCAAUCAUCCGUGACACUGGGACCUGGAGGAAGAGUGCUAGCUCACACCAUGAACGGAACAGGGACGGUGUGCAGUGACCAAUGGGAUGAUAUGGACGCCAACGUGUUUUGUCGACAGAUGGGAUAUCCUUCUGGAACUGCCAGUUUCCAUCCACGUGACCACAUGUACAACCACGUCAUAUUUAAUGUUCGUUGUCAGGGUAACGAAACCGACGUUCAACAAUGUCCAGUAGACCACUCAGACUUGUUUGGAAAUUGUUAUUAUCAUGGUGACGCCGGAGUCAAUUGCAUGAAUACGACUCAGGGACAUUCAACUGUUUGGGUGGGACCGGGAGGUAGGGUGUUCGCUCAAACCAUAAACGGAACAGGGACGGUGUGCAGUGACCAAUGGGAUGAUAAGGACGCCGACGUUGUUUGUCGACAGAUGGGAUAUCCUUCUGGAACUGCCAGUUUUCUUCCACGUGACUACAUGAACAAUCACCUCAUCUUUAACGUUCGAUGUCAGGGUUACGAAACCGACGUUCAACAAUGUCCUGUAGACGAGUGGGAUAUGUCAGGAAACUGUGCUUAUCAUGGUGAUGCAGGCGUCAAUUGCAUGAAUACUUCCCAAGGUAUUCAACCCAUUGUAUCUAUCGAACCCAGUGGAAGAGUAUUAGUUCACAGUAACACGACUGGCACAGUAUGCGGUAACAUGUGGGAUGACGUCGAUGCUAAUGUCGUCUGCCGUCAGAUGGGAUUUUCCUCCGGAACUGCAAUCCACUUGCCACGUGAUUACACGUACAACCGCCUGUUAUAUAGUGUCAACUGUUUCGGACACGAGUCCCAACUUCAAUCUUGUCAGGGCGAAGACUAUGAUAUGUCAGGAAUGUGUGGAUAUGCUGAUGAUGCAGGUGUUUCCUGCAGUAACAUGACCAAUGUUCAAUCAUCCGUGACACUGGGACCUGGAGGAAGAGUGCUAGCUCACACCAUGAACGGAACAGGGACGGUGUGCAGUGACCAAUGGGAUGAUAUGGACGCCAACGUGUUUUGUCGACAGAUGGGAUAUCCUUCUGGAACUGCCAGUUUCCAUCCACGUGACCACAUGUACAACCACGUCAUAUUUAAUGUUCGUUGUCAGGGUAACGAAACCGACGUUCAACAAUGUCCAGUAGACCACUCAGACUUGUUUGGAAAUUGUUAUUAUCAUGGUGACGCCGGAGUCAAUUGCAUGAAUACGACUCAGGGACAUUCAACUGUUUGGGUGGGACCGGGAGGUAGGGUGUUCGCUCAAACCAUAAACGGAACAGGGACGGUGUGCAGUGACCAAUGGGAUGAUAAGGACGCCGACGUUGUUUGUCGACAGAUGGGAUAUCCUUCUGGAACUGCCAGUUUUCUUCCACGUGACUACAUGAACAAUCACCUCAUCUUUAACGUUCGAUGUCAGGGUUACGAAACCGACGUUCAACAAUGUCCUGUAGACGAGUGGGAUAUGUCAGGAAACUGUGCUUAUCAUGGUGAUGCAGGCGUCAAUUGCAUGAAUACUUCCCAAGGUAUUCAACCCAUUGUAUCUAUCGAACCCAGUGGAAGAGUAUUAGUUCACAGUAACACGACUGGCACAGUAUGCGGUAACAUGUGGGAUGACGUCGAUGCUAAUGUCGUCUGCCGUCAGAUGGGAUUUCCCGGAACUGCAAUCCACUUGCCACGUGAUUACACGUACAACCGCCUGUUAUAUAGUGUCAACUGUUUCGGACACGAGUCCCAACUUCAAUCUUGUCAGGGCGAAGACUAUGAUAUGUCAGGAAUGUGUGGAUAUGCUGAUGAUGCAGGUGUUUCCUGCAGUAACAUGACCAAUGUUCAAUCAUCCGUGACACUGGGACCUGGAGGAAGAGUGCUAGCUCACACCAUGAACGGAACAGGGACGGUGUGCAGUGACCAAUGGGAUGAUAUGGACGCCAACGUGUUUUGUCGACAGAUGGGAUAUCCUUCUGGAACUGCCAGUUUCCAUCCACGUGACCACAUGUACAACCACGUCAUAUUUAAUGUUCGUUGUCAGGGUAACGAAACCGACGUUCAACAAUGUCCAGUAGACCACUCAGACUUGUUUGGAAAUUGUUAUUAUCAUGGUGACGCCGGAGUCAAUUGCAUGAAUACGACUCAGGGACAUUCAACUGUUUGGGUGGGACCGGGAGGUAGGGUGUUCGCUCAAACCAUAAACGGAACAGGGACGGUGUGCAGUGACCAAUGGGAUGAUAAGGACGCCGACGUUGUUUGUCGACAGAUGGGAUAUCCUUCUGGAACUGCCAGUUUUCUUCCACGUGACUACAUGAACAAUCACCUCAUCUUUAACGUUCGAUGUCAGGGUUACGAAACCGACGUUCAACAAUGUCCUGUAGACGAGUGGGAUAUGUCAGGAAACUGUGCUUAUCAUGGUGAUGCAGGCGUCAAUUGCAUGAAUACUUCCCAAGGUAUUCAACCCAUUGUAUCUAUCGAACCCAGUGGAAGAGUAUUAGUUCACAGUAACACGACUGGCACAGUAUGCGGUAACAUGUGGGAUGACGUCGAUGCUAAUGUCGUCUGCCGUCAGAUGGGAUUUUCCUCCGGAACUGCAAUCCACUUGCCACGUGAUUACACGUACAACCGCCUGUUAUAUAGUGUCAACUGUUUCGGACACGAGUCCCAACUUCAAUCUUGUCAGGGCGAAGACUAUGAUAUGUCAGGAAUGUGUGGAUAUGCUGAUGAUGCAGGUGUUUCCUGCAGUAACAUGACCAAUGUUCAAUCAUCCGUGACACUGGGACCUGGAGGAAGAGUGCUAGCUCACACCAUGAACGGAACAGGGACGGUGUGCAGUGACCAAUGGGAUGAUAUGGACGCCAACGUGUUUUGUCGACAGAUGGGAUAUCCUUCUGGAACUGCCAGUUUCCAUCCACGUGACCACAUGUACAACCACGUCAUAUUUAAUGUUCGUUGUCAGGGUAACGAAACCGACGUUCAACAAUGUCCAGUAGACCACUCAGACUUGUUUGGAAAUUGUUAUUAUCAUGGUGACGCCGGAGUCAAUUGCAUGAAUACGACUCAGGGACAUUCAACUGUUUGGGUGGGACCGGGAGGUAGGGUGUUCGCUCAAACCAUGAACGGAACAGGGACGGUGUGCAGUGACAAAUGGGAUGAUAAGGAUGCCGACGUUGUUUGUCGACAGAUGGGAUAUCCUUCUGGAACUGCCAGUUUUCUUCCACGUGACUACAUGAACAAUCACCUCAUCUUUAACGUUCGAUGUCAGGGUUACGAAACCGACGUUCAACAAUGUCCUGUAGACGAGUGGGAUAUGUCAGGAAACUGUGCUUAUCAUGGUGAUGCAGGGGUCAAUUGCAUGAAUACUUCCCAAGAUCUUGUCAAUAUGGUAUAUAUUGGACAUGAUGGAAGAGUAAUGGCAACACAUAAUGUAACUGGCUAUACGGGGACUGUCUGUGGUUAUCUAUGGGAUGAUUUGGACGCUGAUGUAUUGUGCCAACAGUUUGGUUACCCGUCAGGUGUUGCAAAACUCAUGCCACGAGACUACAGCUAUAAUAGAGCUAUAUUUAAUGUGCAAUGUACAGGAAUGGAACCUGAUGUUUAUGCUUGUCCUGUUGAUCAUUCGGACACGUCGGGCAAUUGUGCACUCGCCGAUGACGCGGGGGUUAUUUGCCAAAAUAUAACAACUCCAUCACCAUCGUCUCAAUACUCUCAAUAUCCUUACACCUCUUCACAAUAUUCUCAACAUCAGUCUUUGUCUUCUUAUCUUCCAAUGACCUCACAGUUUUCCCAGUAUCAAUCAAUGUCCUCUUAUCCUCCAACCUCUUCCCAGUAUUCUCAAUACCCACCGAUGUCUUCUUAUCCUCCAACAUCUUCCCAGUAUUCUCAACAUCCACCGAUGUCUUCUUAUCCUCCAACAUCUUCCCAGUAUUCUCAACAUCCACCGAUGUCUUCUUAUCCUCCAACAUCUUCA